AGCUGCAUUUUUCUGUCGUCUCUUUCUGGCAGUGAGAUGACUUGGUUGGACAUACUUUACCACCCGAUCUGGGCAGUUUCCACUGCGCUGCUUGCGCUGGUUGUGCGCAUUCAGAGGAGAGGGAGAUGGGAUCCACAAGCCUGCACCGUGCAACUGAAAGGAAAGACCACUAUAGUGACAGGAGCCAACACAGGGAUCGGGAAGUUCAUUGCACUGGACUUUGCACGUCGUGGGGCCCGUGUUAUCAUGGCCUGUCGAAGCGAGUCCCGUGGGACAGCGGCACUUGGCGAAAUCCGAGAAAAAACAGGAAACUCUGAUGUCCACUUGCGUCUGGUAGACGUUUCGUCUCUGGACUCAGUCAGGGAAUUUGCUGCAAGGAUUCUCGAGGAAGAGAAAGCUCUUCAUAUCCUUGUCAACAACGCUGGAGUAUCAGGUUUACCCCGGGGUAUAACCAAAGAUGGGUUGGAAGUUUCUUUUGCCACCAAUCAUCUGGGUCCAUUUCUCCUCACAAACCUGUUGCUGGACUUGAUAAAGCGAUCGGCGCCAGCACGUAUUGUCAACCUUAGCUCAGUCAACCAUAAAAAAGGUCAUGUGGACUUCUCUCAUUUUCAUGGGGAGAACCUCACUUAUUACAUGGAUAAAGUCUACAACCACACUAAGCUCCACAAUGUCAUCUGCACCAAUGAGCUAGCACGCAGACUGGAGGGAACAGGAGUCACCGCAACCUCUGUCCACCCUGGUAUUGUCAUGACAGAAGUGUUGAGGCACUAUCCUUUGAUUGUUCGUUUAAUCUUCAACUUAAUUGGAUUUUUCUUUUUCAAGUCGGCAGAAGAGGGGGCAGUGAGCUCUAUCUACUGUGCAGUUGCAGAAGAAAUGGAGGGGAUAACUGGGAAGUAUUUUGACUGCGACUGCUCACUGACUCUCCCCGGCCCUUUAGCUCGAGAUGCUGCCCUCGCAGUGAAGGACUUUGAAGUCUGCGAGAGACUAACAUCAAAGCUGUGAAACAACUAUGGAAAUGGAGGGUUGAUUUUAAAAAUGGGAUCAAAUUCCAUCCUAUUACUCAAAAGCUUUCGUUGAGACAACAAUGUGACAUAAUGUAACAAUGUGACAUUUUUGUGUAAGGAAAGCACACACUAUUGCAUAUUUUGUCCUCUUAUAUUUGUUUACCUUUAUAUACAUUGAUUUUAUAUUCUUGUUGCUGGUUUUCUUAAUACAAAAAAAGGCAGCUGAAUAUUUUUCAUUCAAAAUGAAAAAUAAAAAAAAUCCUAAAAUUUGUGAA